AAGCUUAUAUGGUUCUUUUGGACAAAUUUUCCAAAAAAAGGAAGUAAGGUUGCAGAAAAGAGAAGAAAAUGGCGAACAAAGGUGGAGGAGGAGCAUUAGUACGAGCAGCAGAGAUGGAGAAGAUGAGCGUAGAACAACUAAAAAUGGUGAAAGAACAAUCAGAUCUUGAACUCAACCUUCUUCAAGAUAGUCUUUCUAAUAUUCGUACUGCUACUACCAGACUCGAACUCGCGUCGUCUGCUCUUCAGGAUCUCUCUCUUCGCCCUAAAGGGAAGGAGAUGCUUGUGCCUCUUACGGCGUCGCUUUACGUCCCUGGAACUCUCGAUGAUGCCGAUAAAGUUCUUGUUGAUGUCGGAACUGGUUAUUUUGUUGAGAAAACAAUGUUGGAAGGCAAGGACUACUGUCAGCGUAAAAUCAACCUUCUCAAGUCUAAUCAUGAGCAACUUGUUGAGGUUGCAUCAAAGAAGAAAGUUAUAGCCGAUGAAGCUGGAGUUGUAUUACAGGCCAAGUUAAAGCAGCUAGCAUCAGCCUCAUGAGAAUUUACUUGAAACACUAGUUUUGCAAUUCUGGAUUAUGUCUUUUCAAAUCAUAAUUUCCAAUUUGUUUGUACUUGUACAUCUAGCUCUCCCCUUUCUGCUAGAAUCUUGCAACCAUUUGGAGUAGUUUGUGUCGCGCGAUUUCUAGUAACAAUGAUUUUGAGGAGUUUUUAGUAGUUACUCAUAUAGGGGAUCCUCCAUAUAUAAAACUCAAAAAAAAAUUCUCGUGUA